GCAUCUUGUUUUACAGCCUGCUUCUCUGGGACUCAGAGAGAGCGAGAGGAGGGAGGGGGGACUCCAGGCUCAGUCCGUCAUCCCUGCUCCAGCUAAGAGAGCGGAUUCUUCAGCAACUGGGUACCAUUUCCAGCUUGACCAGGCAGCAAGAGCAAAGCUGGAUUUGAAGGACAUGCAAAAAAGAACACCCCCUCCCCAAAAACAAAUAAGCUUAGGGGGGAGGAAGGAAGACAGAGACUCACUCAACCUCAGCAAUAACAAGGGAGACGCUGUUUAGUCAUUUCUCUCUACUUCCCCAGGGCUGAUUAUACUUUUUGAUUACUCCUGACUGCAUUUAGAAAGAUUUGAGAGGCAGACAGCACAAUUCACUCUUUACCCUGAGGAUUGUUUUCCCAACGGCCCCUAGACCAGUCCCUGCAUUUUGGGAAUGAGAGUUUCUUUCCUUGCAAGAUGGAACUGAUCUGACUCCAGACUCCUUUUAGAAGCAGAAGAACGGUCUUCUCCCAUAUUGAGGCCUGGAGCCAUCAUGGCGGCAGGCGUAGCAGCAUGGUUGCCCUUUGCCAGGGCCGCUGCCAUAGGAUGGAUGCCAGUGGCUAACUGCCCUAUGCCAUUGGCCCCAACUGAGAAAAACAAGAGGCAGGAUGAGCUGAUCAUUCUGAAUGUGAGUGGGAGGCGCUUCCAGACGUGGAGGACUACACUGGAGAGGUACCCAGACACGCUCCUGGGCAGCACUGAAAAGGAGUUCUUCUUCAAUGAAGACACCAAGGAAUACUUUUUCGACCGGGACCCUGAAGUCUUUAGGUGCAUUUUAAACUUUUACAGAACUGGCAAGCUGCAUUACCCAAGAUAUGAGUGCAUCUCUGCCUAUGAUGAGGAGCUUGCCUUCUAUGGGAUCCUACCUGAAAUCAUUGGAGACUGCUGCUAUGAAGAGUACAAAGACAGGAAGCGGGAAAACGCUGAGCGGCUGAUGGAUGACAAUGACUCAGAGAACAACCAAGAAGGGUCCAUGCCAUCUUUGAACCUCCGGCAGACCAUGUGGCGAGCCUUCGAAAACCCCCAUACCAGCACCUUAGCCUUAGUGUUCUACUAUGUCACUGGCUUCUUUAUUGCCGUCUCAGUGAUCACUAAUGUGGUAGAAACCGUUCCAUGUGGCACAGUGCCUGGGAACAAGGAGCUUCCAUGUGGGGAGAGGUAUGCUGUGGCUUUCUUCUGCUUGGACACAGCUUGCGUUAUGAUUUUCACUGUCGAGUACCUUAUGAGGCUCUUCGCAGCCCCGAGUCGCUACAGGUUCAUGAGGAGUGUCAUGAGCAUCAUUGAUGUGGUGGCCAUCAUGCCCUAUUACAUUGGCUUGGUGAUGACUAACAACGAGGACGUCAGUGGAGCCUUUGUGACACUAAGGGUUUUCAGGGUUUUCAGGAUUUUCAAGUUCUCACGCCAUUCCCAAGGCUUAAGAAUCCUGGGUUACACUCUGAAGAGCUGUGCCUCGGAGCUUGGCUUUCUUCUCUUUUCCCUCACUAUGGCAAUCAUCAUCUUUGCUACUGUGAUGUUUUAUGCAGAGAAAGGGUCUUCAGCCAGCAAAUUCACCAGCAUACCAGCUUCUUUUUGGUACACUAUUGUAACCAUGACAACCCUUGGUUAUGGUGACAUGGUGCCCAAGACGAUUGCUGGAAAGAUAUUUGGCUCCAUUUGCUCGCUGAGUGGAGUGCUGGUCAUUGCUCUGCCUGUCCCAGUUAUUGUUUCCAAUUUCAGCCGAAUUUAUCAUCAGAAUCAGAGAGCUGACAAGCGAAGAGCACAAAAGAAAGCCCGACUUGCACGGAUACGAGUGGCCAAAACAGGCAGUUCCAGUGCUUAUCUUCACAGCAAACGCAACGGCCUGCUGAACGCAGCCUUGGAGCUGACGGGAUCUAGUGAUGAUGAGCAGCACAUCAGCAAAUCCACCUCGCUGAUCGAAAGCCAACAUCACCACCUGCUGCACUGCCUGGAAAAAACAACUGGAUUGUCCUAUCUUGUGGAUGAUCCCCUGUUAUCUGUACGAACUUCCACCAUCAAGGUUUAUAACAGUGAGGCACCAAAGACUUCACCAGACUCACUUCAGGGAUACAGAUGUAACCAUGAGUUCAUAGAUGAGCAGCUGUUUGAGCAGAACUGCAUGGAUAACUCAAUGCAGAAUUACCCCUCCACUCGCAGCCCCUCAUUGUCGAGUAACAAUGGCGGGUCAACCUCCUGUUGUUCUCGACGCAACAAGACGACGACUCAUCUUCCCAACUCCAAUGUGCCAGCAACUCGCCUGCGGAGCAUGCAGGAGCUAAGCACGAUACACAUCCAAUGCAGUGAACAGCCAUCACUUACAACAAGUCGUUCCAGUCUCAAUAUGAAAUCAGACGACGGGCUGAGACCGAACUGCAAAACCUCCCACCUCACAACAGCCAUCAUCAGUAUUCCUGCCCCACCGGCACUGACACCAGAAGGAGAGAGCAGGCCCCCACCGAGCAGUCCUCACCCCACUAUGAACAUUUCCACCACAUGCAGCAACGUAGUCAAGGUCUCUGCCUUGUAAAGUGGUGUUGUUCGAAGGAAGCAGCUGGAAUGCCGGCGUCUCUCCCCCUCCACACCUUCAUGUUCCUUUCUUGCUGCAAAUUGUGCCUGGAUGGACCAACCUGACAUUUCGUCAUAGAAUUAGCAAUGGAGACCUAACAAGGCAGCUUUCUUCAAACUUGCAUUCAUGCCGUGGACUGAGAAUAGAUGAGGAGCGGGAGGACGAAGUGGGUUGGAGAAAGGGUCUGUGUGUGCACGUGCCCGCAGAGAGCCUUGUUCCAGGAUACGAAGCAGAAAAUUGUUUCUAGAGGCUAGAGAAAAAGAACUGUCGUGGCAACAAGAAAGUCAAUAAAGAAACAAAUAUAACACUGUGUAUCUCGGCACCUUUUAAAAGGUUUUUAAUGGAUAAUAUUUAUUCAUGCGGAAAUGACUGAAAAAGGUGAAAAAAAACAAUGGAUUUUGUGAUUUUUUUUUUCCCUUCAUGGAGCAGAAUCUUUAAUCAACCAAAAUUACACAUCUUGUUUUUCUUUUAUAGACAAAGAUUUAGACAAAGAAGACAGCUGUCGCAGAAAUCUAUUUCCGUUCAUACGUGUGUGUGUGUGUGUGUGUGUAUGUAUGUGUGAAAGAGACCCACAUUGAAACGACACACAAAAUUCUGAGCACAUUUUCUGGAUUUAGUGCACAGUAUCAAACUGAUUGCACAAGCACAGUGGCACACGUGCACGCACACACCCCCACACACAAAUCUUUCACCCUGGAUGGCAUUCUUUGCUUAGAUGAUUUUGUAACUGCCUUUUAAGUCAAUACAGUGCAACUGCAAACAGUGUGUUUGUCUGCUAAUUAUUGUCUGUGAAAACAUAUUUGUGGAAUAAAAAAAAAAAAAAAGAGGCUUUAGUAGUGUUAGUCCCACAUGGAUUUCUGCUUUCUUUUUGUUAUCACUUACUUGUAAAGAGUGUGGCUAGACUACCAGUUCUGUAUUUUUAAAAGGAAAAAAAAAUGUAGGAAAACUUUUUUAAAAUCUGUACACACAAAUGGCAAAGAAUGUGAAAGCACCAAACUCAGCUGCACCAGAUCAUCAGAAAUAGGAUAAAAUGUAACCUGUCAUCUAUGCCCAUGCUUUUUUAUUUAUAUAUAUGCUAAUAGUGCACAUGCAACCCAUUGUAAAUCGUAGCCAAGUAGUGUCUGGAUCUAUACUUACUACAAUUAAACCUAGAGCCAACCAUUCACCAUGGACUGAGAGGAUGUUUGGCUUUUUAACACAGUCCUGUGGCUCCUAUUGGCUUAUUGAUGGCAUCUGGGUUGCACUGAUGUGGUAGGUAAACAAGUUUAGCAACUUUUGUCCUCCUCUCCCAGCACAGGGGCCACAGUGUGUGUCCAGUUGAGCAGGGGGAGGGAUACUAGGGUUUGGAAUACAUGGGAUAUGUUGUGGAACAGACAGCCCUUUACUUUGCAAUUCUAUUCUUCAUCUGGGAAAAGUCACACACUUUUAGACAACCAAAAACUGUAACUCUGUGUGGUACUGCCGAGCUUAAUACUUCUGACUAGUUCUACGGUGAAUACUGACUGUUCUCCCUGAGAUCUUUCUAGUAACAAUAUGGUCUUGAAAUACAAGGACCUGACACGGCUUCCUUUAUAUAUGACCGUUCUCCACUUGGAAAAAUAAGUGGGAAAUAAUUGCUUAUGCUCCUGCUACACAUUCCUCAGACCACCUUUCGUUAUGGCUGCAAAUCGUUAGCAACAGCAUAGUACAUCCAACACAGUACAUGCCAUCCACAGACAGUAUAACAUAGUAUUAAUUAGCACAUCCAAAUGCCUCAAUCAGGCUGAGAGCCAUGUUGUGCGAGGUGCUGAACACAUGCCUACAUGGCCCCAAACAGCUUACCGUCCAAUGGAUAGCUAGGAGUCAUUUCACACUUCCCUUCUCUCAACAGUAAAUAGUAACUGAACUAACACAGCACUAUCUGCCACACCACUGGAAGCAUAACCCUGGGUGAUACAACAAAUGGAUGGGUUUUUUUUUUCCUCUCUCAAAAUACAUAUUGAUGUUAUGUGACUUUAAAUUAUGCACUAUCAACCCACCUUGUCAACAUUCCUACCUUAUUACUCGGUAUCACGUGGACUCAGAUAGUUGUUGUGAUAACCCAGUAACCUACAUGGAAACUUAUCCCAUUUGAGGAAUGAUAAAGCUACAGCUAAACAUUCAGUAACGUCAAACUGAUGCCCCUUUUCUCCAGAGCUGGAUAGUAUAUUUUCCAGCACUGGGUCCAGUCCAUUUUAAAUCACUCCAGUCCUGUGGUUUCUUUGCUACUUUCCUUGGGAGGUUAUUCUGUAGUUUAAAAGAUUUUACCAUUAGCAAUUUUUCUUGGUGCUUAAUUUAAUCGUUUCUUUGCUUCAUUUAGUCCAGUGGUCCCCAACCUUUUCGUCUGGCAGGCAUCAGACGAAGGACCACUGCGGCGGUGGAGCAUCCUCCAAAAUGCCACUGAAUUUCGGUGGCGAUACCUCUCAAUGACGCCGCUUACCGUCGACAAGCGGCAUCAUCGAGAGGUACCCCCGCCGAAAUUCGGGGAUGACGCCUCUUGAUGACAUCACUUGUUGGCGACAAGCGUCAUCAUCGAGAGGUGUCCCCGCCGAAAUGCUGCUGAAAUUCAGCGAGUGCUCUCCCGGCGUCCAGGACGCGGGCGCAUUAAGAUGCCCCCGGGGCACCGCGUUGGGGACCACUGAUUUAGUCUGUUAUGCCUCAUCAUACACCCCCUGCCCUAUCGAACAUCUUCAGGCCUAAACAAAGUCCGAUUCUCCAUUGCCUUGCACCUUAUGCCCUCGUUUAGAUCUGUGCAAAGUAAGGCUAAAAUGCUACCAUGCUGCCUGGGAAUGUAUUACUCCCACUGUGCACUCAAUUUGCAUGGAUUUAAAUGGACCAGCUAGAGGGUAACAAAGAGCCAGUUGCUUGCCGUGUAUUCUCAGCUCUGCUCUUCUCUUCCCUGACUUGCUGUGGAGUCUUAAACAAGUCACUUCAUCUCUAUGUGCCUCAGUUUCCUCAUGUAUUAAAUGGGAAUGAUGAUACCCACCUAUGGAAACACUUUGCAUACAGUGAAUUAUUAUUAAUCAAGGUAUUUCCUGGACAUUCACAAUUUUUGUCAGGGACAAAGAAACAAACAAACAGGAAAAACAGUGAUUGCAGUUCCUCUCUUUAGCUGUUUGGGCUCAGGUUGCCAGAGUAGCCCUGCCCUUUGCUAUGUUCAGCAUAGGAGAAGUUAUUUUUCUGCUUAAUUAAAAGCAUGUAGCAGAACAUUUCUAUCAUUACUUUAGCAAGCGCUGCUACAUGUAAUCACUAGCUUGACAAAGAUCCUUGUGAAGAGAAGGAGGCAGUCAAAAAGGGUUGAUUUCAAUAGUUUAAGACAAAAAUAACAUUUAUAAUGGAGGCAUUAGCCCAUUUUAAUGCUCAUCUGAACAGGAUUUGGGCAAAUCUGCCCACCUGUAAAUAACUGCGUACAGAACUCCCUGGGUUACACAGUGCAACAAUAGCCUUGUAGUGAAAGCACUUUGCAGUCACUGAAAUAGCACAGAUUGGAAUGAAUCCACAUGAUAUGUAUUAUAUCCUACUGUACAUAUAGCAUCCUUCAAAUGCUUUACUGAUAAACACAGAGCUGCAGAAAUGGCUCUCUCUCUCUGCAGGAGAAAGGGAGAGCAUUUGUUUUGAUAAGCACAGAAAUUGCUUGGCAGUCAUGCACUUCAAGGGUAAUGAGAGGGAACUGACUUGAUUAGCUUAUGUGAAUGUACAAAACAUUACUAGAGAUAUGGCCAAACCAAGCUCCACAUUUUGAGCACUCUCAGACAUAGGUUAGUUUAGAUCAGGCCUGGGAUCCAAAUUCUAGGGCUUGGGCCCCUGUUGCCCUUACUCAAGCUGUUCUGGCCUCUAACCAUUCCUUUUUCCAUCCCACCUCCAUGCAUACAGAAGUUAUAGCUAGGUAACCGUCAGUUACCUGCACCAACAUCCCAUUUACCUGAGGCACAUGGAAUGUGGUUUCUUCAGGAGUGGUUCUGCAUGACAAUAUAUACAGUAGGAGAGGGCAUGUAGAACAUGAUUAUGUUCCUGAAGGACACCUGAUGAGUAAAUCCAAUCAAAAAAAUGCCAAACUGUUUUUCCAUAAUUUUUUCCUACUUUUUUCCAGAAUUUCUUGUGAAUUUUUUUUUGUUUUCUUCAUGAAAAACCAAAAUAAUUUGAUCAUUUAUAUAAGAAAAAAAAUCAUGUUUCUUUUUUUUUUGGGGGGGGGGGUAUCAACAAAUGUCAAAGGAAACAAUUAUUUGACAAAAAAUUUUCCUUUGAAAAGCCAUUUUUUGUGGGAAAAAAAAAAGUCAACAAAUUUUCACCCAGCUUUACUGAUGAGUCUAUUUUCUUCUCACCUGGCAUAGGCUUGCUGCUUACAGCAGAACUGUAUACAUUCCAGGAGCAAACAUACCCAUUGCAAAUGAUUAGUACAUUCCUCUGCCCCAAACUUUGAAAUCAAGCUACUCUCUUUGAAACCCUUUUCGCCUGUUUCCGUGAGAACCUUCAAGUCACACAAAGAAACUGCCACAAAACCUAAACAACUGUUCAUAGAACUUAAAGAUGGAAGAGACACUUAGUUCAGCCCUUGCCAACACACAAUUCUUCCCUAUAAAAUAUUUCCCAAUGCUUUUUCUAGACUAGAUAAAAAUCUCCCCAGGGACAGGGCUCCCACUGCUUCACUUAAGAAAUUAUUUCAGCCUAAUAGAUCUCAAUGUCAGGGAGUUUUCUCCUGAUACAAAGCCAUAAUUUUCCCUCCCUUAUUUUAUUUUUCAUUCCAUUACUCCUAAUUAUUUUCCCUUUCACUUGCUAAAUUGUCCCUCCCGCCUCCUUGAACAUUAGCUGUGCACAAACAUCUGAAGAAUAUAAAGUCUUGUCUUUGACCAGCAAAUUCUACUGCAGGAGGCUGCUUUUGGGUGACAAAGGAUUCAUAUUUUAAACGUAAAUUGGAAAAAAAUCAUAAAAUCAGUUUGCAAUUCUAAAUUCUUAACAGAAGCAGCUUACCCGCUGAAAAACUUCAUUUCUUUUUUCAACACUGGGAAAUCACUGUAUUUUUUUUGGUGUUCAGAGCUGCCAAAACCUAAUUUUAAAGUUGCAGGUUUUCCCUGAAAUAGCUGAUGCCACCAUAGCAUUGAACCAGCGCUCACUGCUCUGAUUUACAUAACUGGGGUGUGGGGGUGGUGGGUUCUACCAAGAGCUCAGAUAUUGUCAGCUCAGUAGAGGAGGAGGUGCUUUUUCAAGUAUUUUAGAUGUGAAUCCAUUUGUAAUCAUGUUGUCUGUUAUACGUGUUCUAAUGCUGAUUGGGGAUCUUAAAAAUUCAUGUUUAACUGAUGGUUUGCAGUGUUCCCUGUAAGAAAGAGACUAAAACGGGGUCAGUGUUGGAUUACAGUGGAGUUACAAACCAGCAUGCAGUGGCUCAAGAGCAACAGUAGUUUUGAAUAAAAAGCCUUAUAUGCUACGUUUAAAGCUUGGUUUAAUAAUAAUAUUUGCAAAUAUUUUUUCCCCACAUCAAUUGUAUUUGUGGAUAAUUAGUCAUUCUUCCACACUGGAAAGCUCUGUAGCUGAUUAAAUGUUUUUAAUUAUUUGGCAAAUUUAUUUUUGCUUGUUUUCUCUGACAUUUUGGUCAAUUGCACUGAAUGGUGUGACUUCAUAACUGAAGAUACAGGCCUAACAAUUAAUGAUGCCAUAAUGGUUAAACUUCCUUCCUCAUUAGGAUUUCCUUCUAAAUCCUUAAGAUUAAUAAUGAAGUGCAAUGUGGUUUAAUUAUUAAAACUGGGGACUUAGGAUCAGGAUGCCUGGAUUCUAUUCCUGACUCUUUCUGAAUGUGUGACUUCAGUCAAGUCACUUUUCUGCUCUAUGCCUCAGUUUACCCAUCGGUGAAAUAGAAAUGAUACUACUUUCCUGUCUCACAGCAGUGUUGUGAAGUUUAAUAAAUGUUUGCAAAGUGCUUUAUAAUCCUCCAAUGACAGGGACUAGAAGCAGGAAAAGAUUUAUUAUAUUUGGGAUACACGACUGUGCCAGAAAGAUUUCAGGUCAUCAGUCAACCACCUCACACAAAGAUGUUUGUGAAAAAUUCCUGCUAUAGUCUUGUUUUCAGUCAAUAGUCUUAUUUUUGUAUGUAUGUGUUGUGUUUCUUCUCCUUAAGUUUUGAACUGGCACUAGUCAUAGCAGGUCAUAUAGCUGUUUGGGUGAGAGGUUAAUAACCAUACAAUGCUCUUCUCAGUUCUCUGUUGCAACCAUAACUGGAGUUCCAGCUGGUAUCUUGGACCAAUGAAAUAUUUUACAGAACAAGUGUGAUGGUAUAUUUUUGAUAAUCACUGAGACAUUCCAAUGCAAUGGUGUUUUCUUUAGAGGUUUUAUGUUAUGAGAAAUGCUCGCCCUCAUUAUUUUCUAUUUUCGUACUAUAAAUGGGCUUUGCUUACAAACAUCACAGACAAAAUGUACUGUACAAAACAGCAGGUAGAUUCAUUUGAGAGCACCCUUCUCUAAAGAACUCUAAGUUUCUGUUGUCUUCUUUUUGAAUUGUAGUGCAUAUGUUGAAACUUGUAUAUCAUUUACAGUAUUGAGUCUUGUGCCACUGCUGUACCUGAUGUAUCCAAUCUGGAUUAAACAGAGUAUAUGCCACAA